AUGCAGCUCUUCUUCCAACACAUUAUUAACCAAUUCUUUACCGAGAUUGCCAAACGUUUGAAUGCAAUCAUUGCACAAAUUUUGCCGUUUUUGUCACAAGAGAGCAGAUACUAUGGAUGCCUACCCCCUGAUCCAAGUCCCCCAUUAGAUGUUGUUCGAGUUGCCUCGAGGGACUCUAAAUAUACAAAGAGCUCAAACCAAACAUUUACGGCAGCUUUACUUUGCUCAGUCAAUAUUGAUGCCCGAAUCUGGUCUGUUUGCUGUGCCUUUGCUCACCAGCAACAGGUCGCGUCGGCCGUCGAGAGGGCCAAACAGGUGACUAUGACUGAGCUGAACGCCAUCAUCGGUCAACAGCAUUCAGGAAUCGCUCAUUUGAUGUCAAGUCAAUUAUGUAGCGCUAAGUCUGCCGGUGCUGUGCCUGUGCUCAGCGGUGAGUGGAGUGUCGGUGGAAAUGCCGUGAACUCAGAGAAUGAGAAAUUAUUCGUAGAGUUAGUGUUUCUCUGA